GUAGCGUUUCCCAACGAUAUAUUUCUUCAGCUCUCGUCAUACUCUUCAUACGUCAUUUAGGCACCGUCGCCAAAAUUUAAUAUCCGGUACGGCUGUACAAUACCACAUUUUCUUACAGGCUACAGCUCCCAUGGAUUCCUCUUUUCAUCGUUUUUCGUCACUAAAAAUGAUUUCCACUUUGAACAGGCCUCCUUCACAACCUAUAACUCUAAAUUCCUACAAUUACAGCACAAGGUGCUCCAGUUUUUCAUUUUCGAGGCCCUCAAUUGCUGAAGCAAACUCCGCCUUUUCGUAUAAAAAAUUUAUCAAGUUCGCUCUGGAAGAAACUGGAAAACACACGCAGUUGGUUUCUUGUCCCUUACAGGAGGACUUCAGUUGCUUGACUGCCAUGGAUGGGAAAACAGAGCUCCACAUGCACUCUUUUCAAUCGCCUAAGAUCAGACUGUUGAGGAGUUUAUCCAUAGAAGGAAGUGAUGGGAUGCAGGUCCUCGAUUUUGCCAUCUUCCCGAGAAUGGAAUUUACUUUAUUCACGUUCUGUUUCUGUGCUUUAGAAGAAUUUAAUGUCAUUAGGGACCUCAACCCAUUGCACGAUGUCAUCAAUCAACGAGAGUACAAGGAAAAGUACUAUAGGCACUUAAUUUCUCUUGGACUCAAAUAUGCUGAGGUUUUGCCCUGGGGAGGAAAGAUUACAGCCGAGUCCUUGAAAUUUUUCUCACCAAUUGUGAUAUGGACCAAGUUUCCUCCCAGUCAGGACAAGCAACACAUAUUAUAUUCUGCUUUCAAGGAUUAUCUCAAGUUGAGAAUGGGUCGAGUUCGGCUGUUCCUGGGAAUUGUUGUUAGAUUACGUCAGUCAUGGCUUGAGUUGAUGGAGGCGGCAUUGCCAGAAACUGAUGUUUCUCAGACCACGUUGAAUAUUGAGUUACAACAUAGGUAUCUUACGUGGAGAGCAGAAAAGGAUCCAGGCCACCAAGUCCUGAGAAGGUUAAUUGGCUUGACUCGUGCCAAGGAUAUAAUUCAGAAUUUUCUCUUCAACGGGGUUGACGAGCUUGGGAGCAAAACAUUCACCGAUUACUUUCCUGAGUACAAGUGUGAUGACGGGACUGUAAAUAAAAACCGCAGUAUGAUUGGAAAAUCAUUUGAAAGUCGGCCAUGGGAUACGAAAGGAGAAUUCAUUGGCAACAGUUUAAGUUAGAACAUGAAGACCUUUGUAGGCUAGGCUUACUUGAGAAUUCUCUUGUGCUCCUUUUUUCCAGUGUGAAAACCUUUGUAGGCUUACUUGUAAGUUGUAACUUUGUCCUACCAUAUUAUUGUUGUUACUCUUGUAGCUGGCAAUGGCUAUGCCAGGAAUUUUGUAUUAUCAAUUACAACAUGAAACAUUUCAACAACUCUUCACAAUCUUGUUUACGUUAUCUUCCACAAACUUAAUCUCUUGG